AUGCAUACUCUAUUUGUUGAAGGAGAAUCAUCUAAUUCUUUCCAAUGGAGGUACGAUGUAUUUCUAAGUUUCAGUGGUGAAGAUACUCGAAAAAACUUCAUCAGUCAUCUUAAAUUUCGAUUGUGUCAAGUUGGAAUUUGUACCUUUAUAGAUGAUGAGGAAGUGAGGAAGGGCGAGGUCAUUUCAACGGAACUUGAAAAAGCAAUUGAACAAUCUAGAGUUUCCAUUGUUGUUUUCUCGAAAAAAUAUGCUUCAUCUAGUUGGUGUCUUGAAGAACUUGUUAAAAUUCUCGAAUGCAGAGAGACGUUGAAGAAGGUUGUUUUGCCUAUAUUUUAUGAUGUUGAUCCUUCUCAAGUACGCAACCCAAUUGGAUAUUUUGAUGAAUCUUUGACUAGACGAUUUGGGGCACAAAGAACGGAGAAGUGGAAAACUGCACUUACUAAAGUUGCAAAUUUAUCUGGAUGGGAUUCGCGAAAUGUUGUUUAUGGGCAUGAAUCAGAAUUAAUUGAAAGUAUUAUAAAGCGAGUCUUACAAGAGGUAAGCCAGACAUCUCUAGAUGUUGCUUGUUACCCUGUUGGAAUUGAUUCUAGUAUCAAAGAUCUAAUAGAGUUGUUAUUCAAAAGUGGAUGUCAAGAAGACGUUCGGAUGAUUGGUAUAUAUGGCAUUGGUGGAAUUGGAAAAACUACUCUUGCUAAAGCUUUCUACAACCAAAUAUGUCGACACUUCGGUAGUAGUUGUUUCCUUUCAAAUGUUAGAUCAGAAGCUGGCACAUUUAAUGGUCUAGUCAAGUUACAAGAAAAACUUCUUCAUCAAAUCCUAAAAACUAAGGAUUUCGAAGUUAAUGAUGUUGCUGAAGGCGUUAGUUUAAUCAAAGCAAGACUAGGGUCAAUGAAAGUUCUGAUUGUUCUUGAUGAUGUGGACCAUAUAAGCCAAUUAGAAUCCUUAAUAAGAGAAAGAAAUUGGUUUGGUUCGGGUAGUUUAAUAAUUGUUACAACCCGAGACAAGCAUUUGCUAUGUGGGCUUACAACAAAAGAAAAAUUCAAGGCCAAACUUUUAUAUGACAAUGAAGCUAUGCAACUCUUUAGUUGUCGUGCCUUUAAUAGUUUUUUUCCACCACAUGAGUAUGUUGAGUUGUCACAAGAAAUAAUCAAAUAUUCAGGUGGUCUGCCAUUAGCUCUUGUGACAUUGGGGUCACAUUUGCGAGGAAGAUCGGUAGAAGAAUGGAGACAUGAAUUCGUUAAACUAAGAGCAAUUCCUCAUAGUGAUAUUCAAAAGAUUCUCAAGAUAAGCUUUGACGGACUUGAUUAUGAUACUCAAAGUGUUUUCCUUGAUAUUGCAUGCGCCUUCCAUGGAUUCUUUGAGGAUGAAGUUACCAAAAUACUAAAUGCGUGUGGUUUUUAUUCUGAAAGUGCAAUUGCAACUUUAGUCCAAAAACACUUGCUCCAUAGGGCUUGGCAUCGCUUAGUGAUGCAUGAUCUAGUGCGAGCCAUGGGAAGAGAAAUCGUUCGCAUGGAAUCACCCCGAGACCCGGGAAAACGGAGUAGAUUGGUCAUCCCUCAAGAAGUCUGCUAUGUUUUACAAGGAAAUAAAGGUUCCAAAAAAGUCCAAGUGCUGAAGGUAGAUCGAUGGACAUUAAAGGGAGUGAACUUGAGCACCAUGGCAUUUAAGAAAAUGAAAAAUCUUAGGGUGCUUAUAAUUGAAAAGUUACAUAUUAGUGGAGAUUUUGAGCUAUUGUCCAAGGAGCUCAGAUGGUUAUCUUGGCAAAAUUGUCCUUUAAAAUAUAUACCAUCAAAUUUUCCAGCUAAGAAUCUUGUCGUAAUAGAUAUGCGGAAGAGUGAUAUCCAAGAGUUUGGUUUGAAUCUGCAGUGUUGUAAAAGUUUGAAGAGGUUGGAUCUUUCUGAUUGCAAGAGUCUCAAAAGAACUCCGAACUUCAACGGUUUACAAAGUCUUGAGUUUUUGUUGCUAAAUGGUUGCUCAAGUCUGAGAAAGAUCCAUCCAUCAAUAGGAAAUUUGUGCAGACUAAGACUUCUAAAUUUGCGUGGUUGCAAAAAGCUUAUGGAUCCUCCGAGUAGUAUAUGUCAACUAAAAUCCCUUGGAUGGUUGGACAUUAGUGGCUGCUCAUAUAUAAAAACACUGCCGGUUGACUUUGGAGUUAUGCCAGGUCUAAGAACUCUUUCUGCACUUGAAACGGAUAUAAAACAAUGGCACGGGUUUGUUGAAAUGCCAAGACAUCUUGAAUCAUUGAAAGUGGGAGGUGAAAAUUUGCAAGGCAAAAGGAGAUCUCUUGGAAGACGAGUCCAUUGGAUACAAUCCUUGUCGACUUCUCUUUCGUGUUUAAGUCUUAUAUAUUGUGGCUUCUCCGAGACUGAUAUACCUAGGGAUAUAGGGAAAUUAUACAACUUAACUUAUCUAAAUUUGAGUGGCAACAGCUUUCGCUGUCUACCUUUUGACUUUUCUGAGUUACAAUUGUUGUGUUCAUUGAAUUUGAAUGACUGUGAGGAUCUUGAAACACUCCCAUCAGUAUCUAAUUUAAAAUACCUUCGGACUUUUGAAGUUGCAAAUUGCAGGAAGUUGGUCAACAUUACAGGGCUAGAAAAUCUCCCUUCUAUAGAGCGGAUCAACAUGCUUAAUUGUACUUCACUGCAGAAUCCAUUCAAAGAAGGCUUCUUUAGUGCACCUGCUCUAGCAUUUCCAUCUAGAGAAUAUCCACAUCUGGGCAUAGAAAUUUAUCUUCAAAGCAAUGAGAUUCCAGAUUGGUGCAGCAAUCAAGUAACAGCUUCAUCUAUCUCGUUCACUAUGCCGACACAUAAUAAGGAGUAUCAGUUUUUAGGAAUGAUUGUCUGGUGUGUUCGUGAACUUGUCAAAGUACCCUCUUCUGGUCCAUGGCAAGGCUUUGGGUUUAGUAUUUCCGGAGAAAUGUUUUCAGGUGUCUUCUCGCGUUAUGAUAAUGUCAUACCUGCUGAGCACAUGGAACUAUCAUGUGUACUUCACAGAUCUUACUUAGACACACCUUUUGAAGGUGCGAUCAAAGGAGGUGAAAAGAUGGAACUCUUUGAGUUGAGUAAAUAUAUUACAGUAAAGAAGAUAGGGAUUCAUUUGCUAUAUUUAGAUCAACAAGGAAAAGUUACAUCAUUGCCAGCACUAGUAGAUCAUUCUCACUCUCAGAUUAACAGAAGCCAAGACCUAAAUGAAGUCUCACUGGAGCAAGAAAGUCGCGAUGGGCGAAGCAUACUGAAAAUGAUAAGAGCGUCCUUUCCUAUCAACCCACUCUCUCUGUACCUCUCUGUUUCUGUAUAUCUUCUUUUUCUGAUGAUCGUCCUUCACUAUGUUGCCUUGUAAUACUUCUUGAGAAUACCCUGUAUUG